AAAAUUCCAAGGAGAUUCUGCAGUUAUUGGUUGAGACUCUGAGCGCCGCUGUUCACCAGUAAGGGAGAGAAACGCGACGACAGAUCCAGCCAGUUCAGCACUGCAGUUACAGAGCACUGAACGCUGACACAUCAGAAGCACAUUCAAUAGGUCUGGACUGAACAUUGCAAAGGCAGAUAUUCGCUAAAACUGACUCUGGUUUAACUAUCAACGUUACCGGAAUCAAGGGGUCAAAUACAGAAUCAAGACACGUUUCUUGACAUAGAAUCAGUGGCGUGUCCACAUCAGCAUGGGAUUGGCAGAAACUCAAAGGCGCCAGCACUGCAAAAGGGGAGCCCUGUUCUGCUUUAUGUUGGUUACCGUUUGGAAGGCAGUUUCUGGGCAGACUCGCUACUCCAUUCCCGAGGAAAUGCAGAAAGGUUCCAUUGUGGGGAAUAUCGCAAAGGAUCUGGGGCUGGAUAUAAAGGAGCUCUCAGACCGCGGAGUCCGCGUUGUAUCAAAAGGUAGGACGCAAUAUUUUGCUUUAAAUGUUAAGAGCGGCCAUUUAAUCACAACGGAAAGGAUAGACAGAGAGCAAAUCUGUGGCCGGAUCGAGAAGUGUCUGUUAACUUUUGAGAUUAUUGUUGAAGAAAAAAUGAAGCUUUAUAGAGUUGAAGUUGAAAUCACAGAUAUUAAUGACAAUGCUCCCAACUUCCAGGCGGGAGAAUCGGAAGUAAAAAUCAGCGAGAUAACGGCACCGGGAUCGCGGUAUCCCCUGCAGGAGGCGCAAGACCCAGAUUUAGGGAUAAAUUCUCUCCAGAGCUACCACCUCAGCAGUAAUAGGCAUUUCUCCCUGGACGUGCAAACCGGAUCAGAUGGAGUUAAAUAUGCAGAACUGGUGCUGGAAAAGUCUCUGGACCGCGAAGAACAAGCUGUUUAUGAUCUAAUCCUCACAGCUACUGACGGGGGAGAUCCAGUCAGGUCCGGCACUGCGCAAAUCCGCGUUAUUGUUCUCGAUGCGAAUGACAAUGCACCAGUUUUCACUCAGACGGUCUAUAAAGUUAAUGUUUUAGAAAAUAUGCCUGCGGGGUCCACGAUGGUGACAGUGAAAGCGACUGAUCCCGAUGAAGGAAUACACCAAGAGGUAAAAUACUCAAUCAGAAAGAUAACUAAUGAAGCUUCACAGAUAUUCCACUUGGAUUCAAGGACGGGAGAAUUAAUAGUCGUGGGGAACUUGGACUUUGAAGAGGCUGCGUUAUAUGAAAUCGAGGUGCAAGCCCAUGACGGGGGAGGCCUUUUCGACAGAUCCAGAAUUGUGAUCGUUGUUAGCGAUGUCAAUGACAACUCUCCAGAAUUAACAAUCACAUCUCUCGUCAACUCGAUCCCUGAGGACUCUCCCCGCGGGACUGUGAUCGCCCUUUUAAAUGUGCAAGAUCUAGAUUCUGGAGAGAACGGAAAGGUCACGUGCUCCGUACUCAGCAACCUCCCCUUCCAGCUGAGGAAAUCGUUGGAUAAUUAUUACAGUCUGGUGACUGACCGAGCCCUGGACAGGGAGCAGGUGGCAGCAUACAACAUCACAGUGAUCGCCACGGACAAUGGGACUCCUCCUCUUUCUACAACCACCAUGAUCCCACUCCGGAUUUUAGACACGAACGACAACGCCCCUUUCUUCGAUAAAACGUCCUACACGGCCUACGUCACGGAGAAUAACCCGAGAGGAGCCUCCGUUUUCUCCCUGAAGGCCAAUGACCCCGACGAAGGAGAGAACGCCAGAGUCACCUACUCUGUUACCGAGGGUCAGAUCCAGGAAGCUCCACUCUCCUCCUCCAUCUCCAUUAACUCCGAGACUGGGGCUCUUUACGCUCUGCGCUCCUUCGAUUACGAACAGUUCCGGGAGAUUCGGUUCCAAGUGCAGGCUCAGGAUGGGGGUUCCCCACCUCUCAGCAGUAAUGUCUCCGUCACUCUCUUUAUACUGGAUCAGAAUGACAACAGCCCGCAAAUCUUACACCCCUCCUUUCCCACCGAUGGCUCCACGGGAGUGGAGUUGGCCCCUCGCUCCUCCGAGCCGGGUUACCUAGUCAGUAAGGUGGUGGCAGUGGAUGCAGACUCUGGGCAGAACGCCUGGCUCUCCUACCAGCUGCUGAAGGCUACCGAGCCGGGGCUGUUCUCUGUAGAACUCCACAGCGGAGAGAUCAGGACAGCGCGCUACUUUGUAGACAGAGAUGCCCUCAAGCAAAGUCUGGUGGUUUUAGUGAAGGACAACGGGCAGCCCCCCCUCUCUGCCACGACCACUGUCACGGUGGUGGUGGCUGACAGCAUCCCCGAAAUCCUCUCCGAUUUAAGCAGCCUCUCAGCUCCUGCAGACCCCCAGUCCAGCCUCACCUUGUAUUUGGUGAUCGCUGUGGCUUCCGUUUCCUGCCUGUUCUUUAUCUUUAUCAUAGUGUUACUGGCCCUGAGGCUCCGCCGGUGGAGAAACUCGCAGCUGUUUGACUCCUCGAGUGUGACUUUCAGUGGAGUUCCCGUCUCGCAGUUUAUGGGGCUCGAUGGAGUCAGAGCUUUUCUUCACUCCUACUCACAUGAGGAUUCUCUCACCACGGACUCCAGAAAGAGCCAAUUCAACUUUCCCAAAUCAAACUAUUCAAAUACUCUGACUAGUCAGCACUCUUGUGAGAUAAAGGAUCCUAUUCUAAUUACUGAAGAGUUAGACAAUAACAUGGAUCGGACGUCCAUUCAGGUCAGCUAAUAUCUGCUUAAUCUUGUGAUUUAUAUUUGUAAAUAUAGGUAGCUGUUAAUCGCUAGAGAAUUACUGAGUGCAUCAAGUAUUUGGGGGCCUGUAUUAGAGAGAAUCUGGCGGGAGGCGGAGAGAGAGUCUC